AUGGGCCGCUGCCCCCGCGCUCUGCUGCUGCUGGGCACGCUGGCCCUGCUGGCCCCGGGCCCCGCUGCUCAGGAUGACCACGACGAGUACGACGAGCUGGCGCUGUCCUUCCCCUCCGAGGAGGAAAACCAGACGGAGGUCGGGAAGCACCUGGGCUCGGCCGCUUUCUACAGGACGAACAAGGACAUGUGGAGAUUACCCGGGCAGUACAUAGUGGUGCUGAAGGAGGAAACUCAUAAAUCCCAGACAGAGAGAACCAUCCACAGGCUGCAAGCUCGAGCAGCGAAGCAUGGCUACCUAACCAAAAUCCUUCACAUCUUCCAGGAUCUGUUCCAGGGAUUUCUUGUUAAGAUGAGCAGUGAUGUGCUGGAUAUGGCUUUGCGGCUGCCGCACGUUGAGUACAUUGAAGAGGACUCCUACGUGUUUGCUCAGAGCAUUCCCUGGAACCUUGGCAGGAUCGUCCCGGCACAGUACAAGUCUGGCGAAUAUAACCCUCCCAAUAAAGGAGAUCUGGUUGAGGUUUACCUGCUAGACACCAGCAUCCAGAGCAACCAUCGGGAGAUAGAGGGCAGAGUGUUUGUGACGGACUUCGAGAACGUGCCAGAGGAGGACGGCACACGCUUUCACAGACAGGCCAGCAAGUGCGACAGCCACGGAACCCACAUGGCCGGGGUGGUGAGCGGGAGGGACGCUGGCGUGGCUAAGGGAGCCAGCGUUCGCAGCCUUCGGGUGCUGAAUUGCCAAGGCAAGGGCACGGUCAGUGGGACCCUGAUUGGCCUGGAGUUUAUCAAGAAGACCCUGACUGCCCAGCCGUACACCCCCUUGGUGGUGUUGCUCCCCUUUGCUGGAGGCUACAGCCGUGUUUUGAAUGCAGCUUGUCGGCUCAUGGUGCAGACGGGGGUGGUAAUGAUUGCUGCAGCUGGCAACUACAAGGAGGAUGCCUGCCUGUACUCACCUGCGUCUGAACCGGAGGUGAUCACUGUCGGGGCAACCGACUUCCAGGACCAGCCUGCCUCCAUGGGAGCCUUAGGAACAAACUUUGGCCGGUGUGUGGAUGUCUUUGCCCCGGGUGACGAUAUCAUCGGGGCCUCCAGCGACUGCAGCACCUGCUUCACUUCCCAGAGCGGGACGUCCCAAGCCGCUGCACAUGUGGCAGGCAUCACAGCCAUGAUUCUGAACACUGACUCUGCGCUGACGCUCUCUGAGCUGAGGCAAAGGCUAAUUCAUUUCUCCACCAAAAAUCUUAUCAAUGAGGCUUGGUUUCCUGAAAACCAGAGGCUGGUCACGCCCAACAGAGUGGCAGGACUGCCCAGCAGACUCGUAGCCGGUGAGCAGCUGUAUUGCCGCUCCGUGUGGUCUGCCCAGUCCGGGUCGACGCGCUCUGCGACGGGCGUCGUGCGCUGCAGUGGGAAUGAGGAGAUGCUCAGCUGCUCAAGCUUCUCCACGAACGGCAAGCGGCGAGGAGAGCGUAUCGAGGUUCAUGGAGGCAGGAAGCAGUGUGUGGCUCACAAUGCAUUUGGCGGCCAUGGUGUCUACGCGAUAGCGAGGUGUUGCAUAUGGCCCAAAGCUGACUGCCAGAUUCACACCCGCUCCCCGACUGCGGAUGGUACUUCGACAACUGGAGUGGGCUGCUCCAAGGAGAACCACGUUUUGACAGGUUGUAGCUCCCAUUCUCUUGCUGGAGAGUUUAGUGACAAUGUCAGACCCGUUCUAAGGAUGGAGACCGGACACCACCAAUGCGUAGGUAGAACGGAUGUGACCUUGCAUACUUCCUGCUGCCACGCCCCCCGCAUUGAAUGCCAGGUGAAGGAACUCUCACCCGUGGGCUUCCAAGAAAAGGUGGCCGUGUCCUGUGAUGAAGGCUGGACUCUGACAGGAUGCAAUGCGUAUUCCUGGGGUUCUGGCACCCUUGGUGCCUACGCCGUGGAUGACACUUGCGUGGUAACGAGCGCUCUCGCUGGCAAAGGGGCAGCGGCCAUCGCCAUCUGCUGCAGAAGCAGACGUUUGGAAAAUGACAAGCACUCUUCCAACUACAAGUGA